AAUCGGGUUACAAGAUGGCGGAUCUGUAGCAGUUACCGCCGCCGCUGCCGCCACCGCCGCUACCGUUUCUCAAGAGUGAGAGAGGCGGACUAGGUGAACGAGGAGGCGGCGGCUGGAGUAGUGGGGACAGCAGCCACCAUGUCGGAUACGAGGCGGCGAGUGAAGGUCUAUACCCUGAACGAAGACCGGCAAUGGGACGACCGAGGCACCGGGCACGUCUCCUCCACUUAUGUGGAGGAGCUCAAGGGGAUGUCGCUGCUGGUUCGGGCAGAGUCCGACGGAUCACUACUCUUGGAAUCAAAGAUAAAUCCAAACACUGCAUAUCAGAAACAACAGGAUACAUUAAUUGUUUGGUCAGAAGCUGAAAACUAUGAUCUGGCACUAAGUUUUCAGGAAAAGGCUGGCUGUGAUGAGAUCUGGGAAAAAAUUUGUCAGGUUCAAGGUAAGGAUCCAUCAGUGGAAGUCACACAGGACCUCAUUGAUGAAUCAGAAGAAGAACGAUUUGAAGAAAUGCCUGAAACCAGUCAUAUGAUUGACUUACCCACAUGUGAACUCAAUAAACUUGAAGAGAUUGCUGACUUAGUUACCUCAGUUCUCUCCUCACCUAUCCGUAGGGAAAAGCUGGCUCUGGCCUUGGAAAAUGAAGGCUAUAUUAAAAAACUACUGCAGCUCUUCCAAGCUUGUGAGAACCUAGAAAACACUGAAGGCUUACACCAUUUGUAUGAAAUUAUUAGAGGAAUCUUAUUCCUAAAUAAGGCAACUCUGUUUGAGGUAAUGUUUUCUGAUGAGUGUAUCAUGGAUGUCGUGGGAUGCCUUGAAUAUGACCCUGCGUUGGCUCAGCCAAAAAGACACAGAGAAUUCUUGACCAAAACUGCAAAGUUUAAGGAAGUUAUACCAAUAACAGACUCUGAACUAAGGCAAAAAAUACAUCAGACUUACAGGGUACAGUACAUUCAGGACAUCAUUUUGCCUACGCCAUCAGUUUUUGAAGAGAAUUUUCUUUCUACUCUUACGUCUUUUAUUUUUUUCAACAAAGUUGAGAUAGUCAGCAUGUUGCAGGAAGAUGAGAAGUUUUUGUCUGAAGUUUUUGCACAAUUAACAGAUGAGGCCACAGAUGAUGAUAAACGACGUGAACUGGUUAAUUUUUUCAAGGAAUUUUGUGCAUUUUCUCAGACAUUACAACCUCAAAACAGGGAUGCAUUUUUCAAAACUUUGGCAAAGCUGGGAAUUCUUCCUGCUCUUGAAAUUGUAAUGGGCAUGGAUGAUUUGCAAGUCAGAUCAGCUGCUACAGAUAUAUUUUCUUAUCUAGUAGAGUUUAGUCCAUCCAUGGUCCGAGAAUUUGUAAUGCAAGAAGCCCAGCAGAGUGAUGAUGAUAUCCUUCUCAUUAAUGUAGUAAUUGAACAAAUGAUCUGUGAUACCGAUCCUGAGCUAGGAGGUGCUGUUCAGUUAAUGGGACUUCUUCGUACUCUAAUAGAUCCAGAGAAUAUGCUGGCUACAACUAAUAAAACUGAAAAAAGUGAAUUUCUAAAUUUCUUCUACAACCAUUGUAUGCAUGUCCUCACAGCACCACUUUUGACCAAUACUUCAGAAGACAGAUGUGAAAAGGAUAAUGUAGUUGGAUCUAACAAAAACAGCACGGUUUGUCCUGAUAAUUAUCAAACAGCACAGCUGCUUGCCUUAAUUUUAGAGCUACUCACAUUUUGUGUGGAACAUCACACAUAUCACAUAAAAAACUAUAUUAUGAACAAAGACUUGCUAAGAAGAGUCUUGGUCUUGAUGAAUUCAAAGCACACCUUCUUGGCCUUGUGUGCUCUUCGUUUUAUGAGGCGGAUAAUUGGCCUUAAAGAUGAAUUUUAUAAUCGUUACAUCACCAAGGGAAAUCUUUUUGAGCCAGUUAUAAAUGCUCUUCUGGAUAAUGGAACUCGGUACAAUCUCUUGAAUUCAGCUGUUAUUGAGUUAUUUGAAUUUAUAAGAGUGGAAGAUAUCAAGUCUCUUACUGCACAUAUAGUUGAAAACUUUUAUAAAGCACUUGAAUCGAUUGAAUAUGUUCAGACAUUCAAAGGAUUGAAGACUAAAUAUGAGCAAGAAAAAGACAGACAAAAUCAGAAACUGAACAGUGUACCAUCUAUAUUGCGUAGUAACAGAUUUCGCAGAGAUGCAAAGACCUUGGAAGAGGAUGAAGAAAUGUGGUUUAAUGAAGAUGAAGAGGAGGAAGGAAAACCAGUUGUGGCAUCAGUGGAAAAAUCUAAACCUGAAGAUGAUUUUCCAGAUAGUUACGAAAAAUUCAUGGAGACGAAAAAAGCAAAAGAAAGUGAAGACAAGGAAAACCUUCCCAAAAGGACAUCUUCUGGUGGCUUCAAAUUUACUUUCUCCCACUCCACCAGUGCUGCUAAUGGAACAAACAGUACAAACAGUAAAUCUGUAGUGGCUCAGUCACCACCAGCAAGUUCUAAUGGAUCCUCUUCCAAAACAACAAACUUAGCUACGACAGUAACAGCCACCAAGGGAAGUUUGGUUGGUUUAGUGGAUUAUCCAGAUGAUGAAGAGGAAGAUGAAGAAGAAGAAACAUCUCCCAGGAAAAGACCUCGUCUUGGCUCAUAAAAUAUUUGCUAGGGACCCUCAACAUGUGGUCUUACCAAAUGCUGCAACUGUUCGAUGAGCUAAAAAUCUGAAUCAGAAAGCUCUCUCACUUGAACUUAUAAAUAUACAAGGUGUAGCAAAAGACACUCAGUAUAUCAGCUAGGAGAGUUUAGUUCUGUAAAAAAAAAAAAAAAA